ACUUCAGGGCCUUGUCUGCGUGUUCCAGAUUUUAGGAACCUUUGGUGCAGCAUCCACAACACUUCAGGUUCAGGAGCUUCUAGCCCCAACAACCCUUGACAGAAGACAGGACCCUUUAAAACAUGGAUGAACGAGCCUCGACCCGCUCACCUACACAAUGGCAUUUGUGCCGCUCGCCCUCAACAAAGAGGUCCUCAUGACACUGUUCCGGAUCGGGAUCACUUACCACCAGCCAAUGGAACUCCCAGACACCUCCAACCUCGAUUGGAAGGAGGCGGUCAUCCGGUGUUUGCAGAGUCUCCGAUUCCAAUCUGGAACCCCGUCGGCCGUGGCUCCCACAAGCCCGCCGGCCGCACCGAAGUCAAGUUUGCUGGCUGUUCUGAAGUCAAGCCCGCUGUCCGCCGCUGACUCAAGCCCGCCCUCUGCGGCUCACUCACACCCGCCGUCCACCGCAACGUCAAGCCCACCGGCUGCCGCACAUGUGCCCCUGGGAAUACGUGUGGCUUAUGAGGGUAUGUAUUGGAGCUCAGAGCUCGCUCCAGUGUCGGCUCCAGCCCCAGAGCUCGCUCCAGUGUCAGCUCCAGCCCCAGAGCUCACUCCAGUCUCCGCUGGUCCCCAUAUGCCUGUGGCCGUGGUGGCCAAGUCGGCUAAGGCCACGGAGGAUCUGCCAUGGCCUCCAGAAAGGCCAGCUCCGCCAUGGCUUCCUGAUCCACCCUGAAGGCUCUCCUAGUCUCCACCCUGUUCCAGUCCUGCACCAGCCUCCUGGGUGCCCGCCCCCCAUCCCCGAUUGGUACUGUUAUGGCGCAGGACGCGCCUUCCGGGAGGGGGGCGAUCUGUCACGUGUUUGAGUUCCUGUUUACCCUUAUUGGGUAGUUCCUGUUGUCGUUACUUAAUCCUCGUUAGUUACAGUUAAUUAGUUUCCACCCGUGUUUGUUAAUUAUCCCAUUAGUUCCUUUCGUUUGGUUAGUAUUUAUAGC